AUCCAAUUACAAUUAAGUGAUACCCAAAUUGUUUUCUACAAAAAAAGAGAGAAAAAAAGAAAACAUACUUGCUGCACUAUAGCCACACCACUGCCACAGCGCUGUACAGCAACCAUGAAAGAUCUGAAACUGCUUUCACCACCACCACCAGCAGCUUUCGUGAAAUUUAGUAAGAGUUACAGGGGAGAUACGGAGGAUGUUGUCUUGGACUCUGUUCCUUCUUCAAGUCAAAGCCAGUACGAGUUCAUGUCUGGGAAUGAUUUGAGUUGCUAUGUGGAGAAACCGUGACCAUUCCCCACCAUAACAGAAUCAUUACCAUAAUAUGCUUUUAAGUUUUCAAGAGCAGAAUAUGCCAUAAAGGCUAAAUGGCAAAUAAAAUGUUCUUACAAAA